AUGAGUUGGCCCUCGCCUACUGAUGAUGCGUGGCGACGUAUUAGCUGGUUGAGUCCUUUGGCCCUUCGCUUCACACAUGCGGAGAUCAGCGCAGAGUUCCAGAAUGGCAACAAGCUGGAUGAGACCAUUGAUCAAUUUUACACGCAAAGUUUAUCGGCGCAGGAUUUCCUGCAAGCGCCUUUGGAGGUAGUAUGUAAGGAUGGCGCCCUCUGGUCUCUCAACAACAGACGCCUCUAUGUGUUCCGUGUGGCACAUGCAUUGGGCUGCUGCACGUUGUGCCCUUGCUACAUUGUGCCACAAGAGCAUCCCUCCGUCGACAGGAUCUUGAAUCGUUGGAAUGAUGCCUUGACCAGCACCACCAAUGGCAAGCUGGUGAAUGUACGAGGUGGAAGCCGGCACCAGGAAUUUCAAACAGGACAUCCCAUAAAUGCACAGGCAGCAGCCUCAUUGCAGCUACCAUCGAUAGAGCAGUUUCUGCACCGGGCCAAGAUGACAAUGGGGUGCACGCAGGCUGAGAUGAGGAGCUACCAAGAGCUCCUGGCAAAGGAAGGUUUCACGACCCUUUGCUCGCUUUUCGACCUGGCAUACUGCGCGGCCUCGGAGCUAGGUCUUCCAAAUCGAUUGCACCGAUGCUUAUGUCAGUUGCUGUCCAGCGCCGAGCCCUUCGAUUCGAUUCGAGAGGAGCAAGGCGUAGUGCAAGGCGCGCAUGGAAGCGGAGCUGAUUCGUGGACAACGGAUGAACAGGCAAACUGGAGCCACCAAUCCUGGCGGGAGAAGUCUGACACGGGCAGGUUUGUGUCACAACAUGGUUGGGGGGAUGAGACCCAGUGGCAGAGCUCAGGGCAUUCCACAUGGCAGCAACCACACUCAAGAUGGCAGACAUCAGAGCAUGCUACAUGGCAAACAACAGGGUCGUCAUGGGAGAUGCCAAGGCGUUCUACUCAGGCCACGUCAAGUUCAAACUCAACAUGGCAGACUCCCUCAGAGAACUCUGGGUGGCAGCCACAUGAGCAUUGGCCAUGCCAGAUGCCACCAUAUCCCACAGAGCAACCCGCAACACAUUCAACAUGGCAGACCUCAGAACACUCCGAAUGGCGCCACCAGGAGAAUGAUUGGUCGUGGCAGAUGCCCGCGCAUACCACAGAGCGACCCGCAGCAAACACGACAUACUCAACGCGGCAGACCUCAGAGCAGUCCAGGUGGCAAAGCCAAGUGGAUUUCGCGCGGCAGAUGCCACAGCGUCCCACAUGCCAGGCCGCAACUCAUUCAGAGCAAUUGUGGGAGCAUUCCACGUGGAAGAGCCAAGGGCAGUCAUCAUGGCAGGUGUUGGGAACUCCGUCAGUGGGCGCACCAGAGAAGUUGUCAUCGCAAACGCAGAUGCCCAGACCACUUGGUGAGAACUCAGGAGUGAAUGUUGAGAGUGCACAGGAAGCUGUUGAUCCAGCCGUCGCCAGGGAGUUCGUGGAGUCGUUCUGCCGCCGAAGAGAACUCACCAAACCUGCCAAACGGGACUUGCUCAACUUGGAUGUUAUGCUCGCGUUCGACAUUGUCAAGGCCUUGGAAGUUGACAAGAAAGACCUGUCACUGCAGCCAGCAGAGUGGAGCAAGAUUGUGGGCUCGCGAGUGGCUGCCAGGGCUGCAGCUGGAGAGCUGGACCAGAGCUUGCUUCAGCGGAUUGAGUGGCUCAUAGCAGAAGUGGUGCGAGCAAGCAUCCUUUCUCAGAAAGUCAUUUCAGAACUACGCUCCACCCUGCGCUCACUUCCGGCGCCAGAACUGGAGGAUGUCUUGCGUGACAACAACUUCACGCAGCGGGUCCCCUUCGGUACCAUCAACAACCCUGCUGCUUAUGCUCACAGGAUAGCAGACAGAGCUCGAAAGCGGCGGGUUGAAACAAUGAUUCCGGACUACAUCGCCCGUUGGAGGUAUUCUCGCCAUACUGAGCAAGCAUUAAGGGAGCUUUGUCGGGCCAAUCCGAUGGGAACGUUAAGGCUCAUGGAGAACCACAAGGCUUCCCGCGGUGAAGCCAGCCUCCUUCGCGACAUACAGGCAACUGAGCAAAGAGGCCGGAGCUACGUGUCUCGAACCCCAUGCCGAUCAGCACAUGAGAACCACAAGCAGCUCGAAAGCGAGUGGUCGGACGAAGAGACUCCAGAAAGGCCCUGUGAGGUGUGGAGCAAUUGGAGGCCCAGUGACUUGCCACGGGUGGAAGUGCGCGCGGGCAAGGAUGACACAUGCGGCGCAGAAGGCAGAGAGCAGAAAGGAGGAGACGCUGGCAAGGCGGCAAGUGUUCCACAAAUCAAUCAUAAGCUUGCCGUCGUCCCGGAGAGCUCGGUGGGUGAAGCCGAACUGGAGGCAGAUGUAACCGGCAACGAAACUGAGCAUAGUGCAGUUCAGCCCAGUGGUGGAGCUGAGCCCCAAGAUGAAGGUGAUCCCUUUGAAGAUGGAUCAGACUCGGAUGACUCAGAUGAUUCAUUGCCGCCAAUGGAGGUCAUUUCCACCCAAGUGGCAAUGGCGCCGCCCAAGACGCAGGUCGCGGUUCACUUUGUGAUUGUCUUAGACAUUUCCGGAAGUAUGUCAAGCUGCGACUGCUACAGCCAUGAGGGAAAGCGGCAGCGGCGAAUUGACGCGGCUCCUUUUCACAGCUAUGCAAAUGUCAUCAAAAUUCUGUUGGAAGAAACCACGUCAUCCCACACUGAGGGUGUUCACCAGGUUCAGGAGACAUUGAGCGAGUUGGCGUGUGACAUCGAAAAAGGGCAGCAAAAAUAUCUUCCCACUACCUCGUGCGGAGACGUUUAUUCUUUCGUCACCUUCAGCACGUGGCACAGAGUCGAGUUCCGCCUCCAGAACGCCACUGCAGCUGCUGAGCAGUUGCAACGACGGUGCAUUGAUCCAGAUGGGCAAACGAGCUAUACAGCCGGCCUCGAAGGGUUGGAAUCUUGCGUAAAGGAGGCAGAAUUGCGCAGCGACACCAAGGGCAGGCCUACGUAUGCGUUGUUUUUGUCGGAUGGUGAGACUUGGGACGCAGAUCAAUUCCUGGGCAAACUGGGAAGCUUGAAGCAGAGCCUCUCCAGCACAAUCCGGAUCAAUGCAGUGGCCUUUGGCAAUAGCGACGAACACGGCAAUGACUUCCAAUGUUGCUUACAGCAGCUUGCCGUCCUAGGAGGCGGUAAGUUCACACCGGCAAGCAAUUCUGUGGCCAGCCUCCGCGCAGCUUUCAGAACAGUCAGGAGUACCAUUACUACGAGUCGCCGGAAAGAUAGCGUGGAGGUGUCAUCGAGAAGGGCUGCAUCAUUGGAUGGGCCAAAGCCUGAUGAAGCUGAAGUUGACAACAAACUUCAGCGCGUAGAGGUUAGUGAUGAGGCUGGCAGCUGGCGUUCGGCGCAUGUCAUCAAGAUGAACACUGACCAGACCUGUGAGGUAAGGCUUUCGGAUGGUGCUACGAUGUGCGUGCCCUUCGGGCGGGUUUGGUGGCCAUCCACUGGUGCUGAGCUUGAAGUGGAAUCAGCGCAACCCAGGAUGGUGCAGAGCUAUUUGAAAACCUGGGAAGGAUGGGAAGAUUUUAAGACGGCGCGGCGAUAUCGCUAUCGCUUUGAUGGGAAGUGCUUUCACGUGGAUGAAGUGGUCGAGACUAGGGUGUGCCGCCGCGUCAAGUUCUUCAGCAAGGGGCAGAUGCGCAUCGUUCGUUUCAUGAUUGAUGAGAGCAUGGGGAAGGAUUUACUGCUUGUUUGCAAGCACUUACUUGUUCCCCAGCGAACGGCUAAUGGAAAGUUGGAGAUUCGACCAAGCACCAAGGCAGAGAUGGAGCAGUUCUGCCGUAACUCUGCAGUGGCGGCGCACUUUGCAAAGCGCUUCCGGACCAAGCAUGGCUACGAGUCGCUUGGAUUCACAAAGGACGCCCUCUAUGAGUUGCAUGAUGCAAGUGGUGAUGCCCAAAUCUUCAUAGGUGAGAGAUACAUGGAGGGCGCAUAUGUCAAGUUCAACAAUAAUGGUGGGUCUGUGAACAAGGAAGAUCACCGCCACCACUGUGAGAUAGCACAAGCCUUCAGUCACUUCUCUUUUGAUGAAUCGCACAAAGAGCUAUUGGUGGUUGAUCUUCAAGGAGUGCCCGCCACGACGCAAGAUGGACAGCAUAAACUGUAUUUGACAGACCCGCAGGUGCACUGCCGAUACGGGAAUUACGAAUCAUUUGGAGAAGGGGAUCUGAAGGCAGAAGGUGUCAAGAAGUUCUUUCAGACUCAUUCGUGCAAUGGCAUUUGCAAGAAGUUGAAUCUGAGACAGCUCUGUGAAUACAAUGAAGUCCCACCCAGAGCUGUGGUCACCUUCCCUGGCCUCUCGACGGACUUCUUGAGGGAGCUCACUAAGGGGACCUUGCAGAGAGUCCGAAAGCAAUUCGGGCUCACAGAAGUGGUGUUUCCGAACGAAGUUAUUGGCCCACAGCUUGAAGUAAAACUAUGGGGCCGUUGGAGGCAAACAUCCCUGGCCAAAGAAGCCAUUGAGCGUUCAGUGAAAGACCUUCUCGACAAGCACUGCGCAUGGUUGCCCUUGCAUCCUGACCAGGCUUGGGACAAGGUGACCUGCCACGUGGGGUGCUUGACGGGAGUCCAGGUCUUCCCAUGGCCGAUGGGCCGACAGCCUAGCCAUUGCUUGGUCUAUCCGCCAACUGCUGCCUCUGCUAUAUCAGCUGCCUUGGAGAGGAAAUGCUGA